UAGAAAUAAACCCUCCGAUUGAAGGGCGCCCCGAAUUUAUUUCCUUUCUCGGAAAAUCGGCAGGAAGCCGGAGAAAAUGCGAGAAAAAUCGGAAGAAGAACGAAAAUCCAAGGGAAAAUCCGGCGAAGCUCCUGAUACGGACAGGAGGAUGCGCGAAAGCUCCGAGACCAGCAAGAAAUCGCGAGGGAGCUCCGACUUGGGGAGCGGAGAAGGUAAAUCUGGCAGGAGGAGCGAGAAAACCAGGGGGAGCUCCGAUUCCGAGGAGACUGAGGAGAGGAAGCGGAGGAAGAGCGACAAGACGAAGCGGAGGAGGUCGCGGCGGCGACGGCACAGUAGUGAGUCGGGUUCGGGCGAUUCGAGCUCGGAGGAGGAUGCGGAAUCGGGAUCGGAAUCGGAGGGUUCUGAUUCGGUGAGCGAGAGCGAAGAGGAGAGGAGGAGGAGGAAGAGGAGGGAGAGGAGGAGGAGGGAGGAGGAUAGGGAGAGGGAGAGGGAGAGGAAGAGGAGGAAGAGAGACAAGGAGAAGAGGAGGAGGAGGAAGAGAGACGAUGAAGAAGAAGACGGGGAAGAGAGAAGAAGGAAGAAGAAGCAGCAGAAGAAAGAGAGGAAGAAGAGUAAAGAGAAGGAGAGAGCAGAGAAGGGUAAAACCGGUGCAGUGACCAACUCCUGGGGGAAAUACGGGAUCAUCAGAGAAACUGAUAUGUGGAAUAAACGUCCUGAGUUCACUGCUUGGUUAGCAGAAGUAAAACAGGUGAACCUGGAAAGCCUGGCUAACUGGGAAGAGAAACAGAUGUUUAAAGAGUUUAUGGAAGACCAUAACACAGCUACCUUCCCUUCUAAAAAGUAUUAUGACCUUGAUGCUUAUCACCGACACCAAAUGGAAAAGGAGAUGAAAAAGGGUCUCAAGAAGGUUGUUUCCAAAGAACGCACAGUUUUCAAUGAUGAAGAACAGCGUCGGCAAGAAAUGAUGCUAGUACGUGAAAGGCAGAAAGAGCAGGAGGUUGAAACUUUGAAGCGGUCAAUGCAGGGUGGAAUGGCACAAGCAAUGAAAGAACAGGCUCUGUUGAGGGAAGAGAUGGCUUAUCAAUAUAAGCUUGGGAACUUUGAGGCCGCGGCUGCCAUUCAGAGAAGAUUGGAUCCAAAUAUCGCCAUGUGAUGCAUCAUGGCCAUGCGUCGCCCUUGUUAAAUUAUGGAAAUAGCGAUGAGACUAUCCAUUUGAAACUCGUUUCUGAUGUUCCCGCUUGAUGCACCGUCAUCACCUCAAAUUUUUGGACAUGAGAGGUUAUCUCUUGGAUGUACAAAGUUUGUGUAAUUGCAGGGUCUUACUUCGUUGUUAUUUGCCCUCUCCAACUGUUUUAUUCUUAUUUAAUCUGAAAAAGUCUACUUUGGGGUCUUC